UGAGGAACCGGAUUUGAUUUGGUUUCACUCACAGCGCGCACCAGGCUGAAAACCUGGAUCGUUUGGCGGAAACAUCUCCGACAUUACCUACAAUGUGUUGAUACAAUAACCUAUGAUCUCGACUCUUUCCCGCAUUUUUCGCCCUCCAUCACCCGGGGCCCGCUGCCAACCGCCAAGUUCGAGCCCUACCAGAAUGCCCGGGCAGGCUACCGCCAUUUUCAUACGUGCCCUGUGAUUCUUCGGCUUAGAGCGUCAUACCAUGCAGGGGCAGGUCGACGAUAGUGCCUCGGAAUGUGCGACUUCCAAAGACAACGCCGCGCCGGAUAUUCUCAGCCCAGUGCAACUGCAUGCACUCUUCGACAUCCUUACCCACCAUGAGACGUAUGCAGAGGUGGAGAGCUUCAAGUAUCCAUCCACGAUAUCUGAGUACGGUCACCCUUUUGCCCAGAACAAGCCAGGAUCUCGAAGCGCCCCGUCAUACGCCGCUGAUUCGGUGGCGCCCUUACUAGCUGGCUUGUUGAGAAGCAUCGUGCUUCCGUUCCCUGGCGUUCGGGACCUGCCCCCCGAGUUCUGGCACAUAAAAUUCCAAGGGGUCUUGGAGAAGCUUGCUGAGGCUGAGCUCUCCGAGUCAUAUGACAAGGGGACCCUGGGGACCAGGAAGACUCUGGCCACUGCUGCGUCGGUGAUCCACGAGGCCGUGUCGAGAGCGAUCCUCGGCGGGGUUGAGAGGGUCACAAACGGAGACCUUCACGGUGAGUAUGUCACGUCCAGGGCGGAACACUUGAUCAGGGCAUGGGAAGACGUCGUCCAGCAGCUCGUGUACGGAGACUUGGUAGAGGAGCUCUUCGCUUGCGUUGUAGAGAAUCAGAGCCUCGAAGAGCACUCUCCUGGAGUGCAAGCUGCCGCAGACUACAUUAUUAUCCAUCUAGCAACCCUAAUGCACCGUGUCUUUGUCCUGUCGCCCGAGGGGCCCUAUCUGCUGAAGCUCCUGGAGAAUGUGCAUAGACUGUUGCCGUACUCCAUGGUCAAGCAGACCCUCCGUAUCGGGAAUGCAGCGACGAUGCUUAAUGGCAUGAUGAGACUCCUCCUGGCAAAGAUAGGUGUCGGUGCGCUUUCCAACUGGGUUGGCCUGACACAGAAUGCCGACGACGGCAUGAACCUCCUCCAAAGGAUCAUCUGGCUUGUGCUAUCGUGGGAUGCCUCCGAGUUUCGUAAGACCGCUGGAGCGAUUGAAAAGUCAAAAGGAGGCCCGAGUCCUUCAAAAGAGCAGCUUGCAGCAAUCAGAGACUACAUCAACAAGUCGAGGGAAGAACAUGAGAGCACCCGCAAGGCCAGUACGCAACAUACUCGGUCUAUCGUGGUCACAAUACUGGAGCGCUCCAACCCAACGCUGUUGUCCGUUCUAUCGGACUCACAACAUGCCCAAUUGUCGGAGUACCUCACAGCCCUGCUUGGGGCCAGAGACCGCGAUGAAAUCGCCAGUGCGCUCUGCCGCCAGAACCCCGAUCUCUUUACACAGGGCAUCAAAGACGCCGUGGCCAGCUUCGCGCCCAUGAUCCGCACUGUCCACCAACGGGUGGACCUUCGGGAGCAGGUUUCGGCGGCAGAGGGCUUCGUCACCGACUUCAUCAACGUCAUCAAAUCCCGGAAAGGCGCACGCGGGCCACCUGGAUCGGCGGCCGAAGUGCCCGCCCCAUCUGUUGAAGAUUUUGUCAUUCUCCUCAGGAGAAACCGCCACCUCGUCUACAAUUGGUUUCACCAGCUGGCCAGCCAAUGCCCUGACCUAAGGGAUGAAUUAUGUGCCUGGGCGAAGGAAACAAUCAAGGUCUUCAGACAAAGCGGGCGGACGCCAUCCAAACCCGAAGCCAACGGAGAGCCCAGCUCUGUCGGCGACGAGAAGCGAUGCACAGGGGCUGGCGGGCUCCUAAGCAGCAGUCUCCAAGAGCUCUUCGCGUCCAUUCCACCUCAAACGCGGUCCCGCAUCCUGCCCGCCAUCGACGCCCACGCGGCCUACCUCUCUGCUCUCAAGAAUCUCUCUCUCGCCCGUAUGCAACGCAUCUUGGACAACAUGGAGAACGUCUCCUUUACAGCGCCUACUACCUCUUCCGGCCCGGCCACGCCAUCAACAACAGCAGCCCCAAGCUCUUACUUCUCUCCGUCUCACUUGUGGUCAGGUCGGUCCACCCCACGUACCUGCUCACCCUCGCCCCGUCCUAAAGUUCAGGUUGCAACGCUAAAAAGAUCCUUCUCCGGACCGGGCAUAUAUCUCUCUCGCUGGCAGCAACUGUUAGACGACACGGUGAUUGGACCCGCAACACCCGAUGGGCCGUUACGGAGAGGGAAAGACGUGAAGGCGCAGCUGACGAGGGGUAAGACUAGUGCUACUGCGGGGACGGUGACUGGUAAAGACGGAUGGGAUCCGGCUUUGGUGGCCAAGAUGGUGGAAGAGGAGGAGAAAGAGGCUGGUGUCAGUCCGCCUGAUGUGCACUGCGUCGUUGAGGCUUUGGGAAAGGGCUUCAGGGGCUUGGUAGGAGGGUUAGUAGGAGGGUUGGAGAGGAAAGAGGGAAUUUGAGAGUUUCUGGGGAUCGGCAGAAUUUCAAACUCAUAAUAACUAUGUGUAGACAGUAUUGUGCAGGGAGCAUCCUGAGAGCCAGGUUCAUUGCAAGCAUCAUUAUCCUUUCCC